AUGCCAAACUUUGUAGCUCCAGAAGUCAAAAAAUUCAUGACUUGGGACUAUAUUAUUUUUGCAGCACUAUUUUUAGUCUCUGCCAGCAUUGGAGUAUUUUUUGCAGUUAAAGAGAGGAAAAAGAAAAAUUCAAAGGAAUUUUUGGUGGGUGGUAGGCAGAUGACAUGUGGACCCAUAGCUUUUUCUCUUACAUCAAGUUUCAUGUCAGCAGUGACAGUCCUGGGGACACCCUCUGAAGUUUAUCGCUAUGGAGCAUCAUUUGUGCUCUUCUUUCUUUCAUAUACACUUGUCAUCAUUUUUACUUCUGAACUUUUUCUACCUGUGUUUUAUAGAUCUGGCAUCACAAGCACUUAUGAGUAUUUGGAGUUAAGAUUUAACAAGAUGAUCCGUCUUGCUGCAACACUGAUUUACAUCCUCCAGACGAUCCUUUACACAGGAAUAGUGGUCUAUGCUCCAUCACUGGCACUCAACCAAGUCACUGGAUUUGAUCUCUGGGGCUCUGUAGCUGCAACAGGAAUUGUCUGCACUUUCUACUGCACUCUGGGAGGAUUAAAAGCUGUUGUCUGGACAGAUGCAUUUCAAAUGGUUGUUAUGGUGGCUGGCUUCAUGGCAGUUCUGAUUCGAGGCACUAGUCUGAACGGUGGAGUGACCAAAGUCUGGGAAGAUGCCCAUGAAGGAUCUCGGCUAAACAUAUUUGACUUUGAUGUUGAUCCUUUGAGACGACAUACCUUCUGGACAAUAAUUAUUGGGGGAACAUUUACCUGGCUAGGGCUCUAUGGAGUCAAUCAGUCCACAAUACAGAGAUGCAUUUCCUGCAAAUCAGAAAGGCAUGCUAAACUGGCACUUUACCUGAAUUUAUUGGGACUUUGGACAGUCCUAGUGUGUGCAGUAUUUUGUGGAUUGGUGAUGUACUCUCAUUACAAGAGUUGUGACCCCUGGACUGCUGCUUUCAUUUCAGCUCCUGAUCAGCUCAUGCCAUACUUUGUUAUGGACAUUUUUUCUUCGAUGCCAGGAGUCCCAGGACUGUUUGUUGCCUGUGCAUUCAGUGGAACACUAAGCACGGUAGCUGCCAGCAUCAAUGCUUUAGCAACUGUUACCUUUGAAGACUUGGUCAAGAAAGGUUUCCCAAACAUCUCUGAGAAGAUGAGCACGUGGAUCAGCAAAGGCUUGUGUGUACUGUACGGUGUCCUGUGCACUUCCAUGGCUGCAGCAGCAUCGCUGCUGGGAGGAGUCGUGCAGGCUUCCCUCUCCAUCCAUGGGAUGUGUGGGGGGCCCACGCUGGGAUUAUUUACUCUGGGAAUUGUGUUUCCCUGUGCUAACUGGAAGGGUGCUCUCGGAGGCCUCUUAGCUGGGAUCAGCUUGGCUUUUUGGGCUGGUACUGGUUCUUUCAUUUACCCUGCACCACCAACAAAGUCCAUCCCUCUGCAGCUGUCUACCCUCAACUGCACCCUGGCUAACAGUACCAAGGCACUGCUAACAGCAGCUCCCACGCUGGCUCCAGAGAGGCCUCUGCUGGCAGACACCUGGUACUCCCUGUCCUACCUGUACUUCAGUGCCAUUGGCUGUGUGGGCUGUGCCAUCACAGGGCUGUUGAUAAGCUUUAUAACAGGACCUACUAAAGGAGAAGACAUCCCACCAGUGUUAAUUAAGCCAGUCUGCGACCUGUUUUGCUUUUGGUCCAAAAAACUCAAAAGAUUUCUCUGGUGUGGUGUGCAGCAUGACAGCCUGGAGAUGGACUUUGAGAAAAAACUGCCUGAAGCUGCUGCAAAUAAAACCAGAACAGAUAAAACCUUCAAGAACAAUACCAACAAAGAAAAUAACCACCAGAUCCGUGGUUACAAUUCUGAGGAAAAUUCAUAUACAAAUAUAAGCAAGGAAUCUCGCCUCUAG